UCGGACAGUCAUAUCGGUGCGCGCAGACCGACUGGGCGCCAGCUGUGCCAGACCGGGUGCCAGCUAACCAACAGCGCCGCCGCCCCGCCCCGGCCAUGAUUCUCUACACGUACUGGAUGAGCUCGUGCUCGUGGCGCGUCCGCAUGGCACUGGCCUGGAAACGGCUGGAGGCAGAGCAGCGGCCGGUGGACCUGACGAAGGAAGAGCAGCGGCGCGCCGAGUUCGCCACCGUUAGCCCGCAACAGCAGGUGCCCGUGCUGCUGGACGGUGACGUCAGCAUCAGCCAGUCGAUGGCGAUCCUGGAGUACCUGGAGGACGCAUACCCGGCGCGGCCGCUGCUGCCCGCCGAGCCCGGCCGGCGCGCGCUCGUCCGGCAGAUCUGCGAGAUGAUCGUGUCCGGUAUACAGCCGCUGCAGCACCGGCGCCUGCUGGGUCGACUGGAGGAGCUGGGCGGGCCGGCCGAGCGGCGCCGCUGGGCGCACGACGCCAUCGCCACCGGGCUAGCUGCGCUCGAGCCGCUGUUGGCCGCCUCAGCCGGCACCUGCUGUGUCGGCGACACCGUCACGCUGGCCGACUGCUGCCUUGUGCCGCAGGUCUACAACGCCCGGCACCGGUUCGGCGUGGACGUGUCACGCUUCCCGACCGUGUGCCGCGUGACGGCGGCACUAGAGGCGAGGCCCGAGUUUGCAGAGACGCAUCCCCACCGGCAGCCCGACUGUCCGCCGGCUCAGCGCGACGCAGUGUAGCUCACCAGGGCGGUGUAGUAGGAGGAGAGGGGGGGGGGGGGGGAGGCCGAUGUAGCGCAGUGCGGUGUAGCUUACCAGCGGAUCAGGAUGCCUUCAGCCCCCUUCAAUUUGAAAAUAAAGUAGACCAAGUUUGAAGAGAAACUCGUUUGUUGAUAUUGGGUUUGGGUAAUAUACGUCAUUUUACUGAUCACAUUACCCCCCCCCCCCCCUCAACUGAUGCUGUGAAAUUACGCCUUUACUUUACAAACAUAUUGGUAGAUACAUGUUAAACAGCACUGAGUGUGCAAAGUUAAACAGCCCUGGAGAUGAAUCGACUGACGACACCAGCGAUUCGUCAUGGCACCUGUGAGGAUAUCUGUGAGUUAGAACAGUGGCAAACGACAUUGAUUUAUCGAGCUCCGGUCGACUGUAUCCCCCUGCCACGCUACGCGAGGCCUUUUAACCCCCCAUGUUUUGCUGCCGCAAUGAAGCGAAGUUUCUACGUGCCACGGGGACAGGAGCACGUGAAUUCGUAUGAUGCAAGAGUUGUAUAUCUUUUUAAAUGAACAGGGGUUAGUAUAUUCGAUAAUGUUUUAAGGCAUGAGAUAGCGCAGUAAUGGCCAAGCGUGCAAUUUUAUCUGAGUAUAGAAUGUAUGCUGUAUUGGAAAGUGGCUCAAAGUGAAUUCAUACAUAUGUAGACGGCCGCCACGUCGAAGGCACCGAGGUUUUAGGUG